AUGGAGCCUACUGAAGCACCUAGUCAGAUUAGCAAAGAUAAUUUUUUAGAAGUUCCAAAUUUAUCUGUUUCUCUUUGUGAAGAUGAAGAAGUUAAAAUUACCUUCAAACCUGGCUUCUCCCCUCAACCAAGCAGGCGAGGCUCUGGAUCAUCUGAAGACAUAUGCCUGGACACCCCAACUUCAGGUUCUCGGAGAGUUUCAUUCGCUGACAACUUUGGAUUCAAUCUUGUCUCAGUUAAAGAAUUUGACAGCUGGGAAGUACCAAGUGUUUCCACUGAUUUUGACUUAAAGAAGGAUAUUUUCCACACCGAAGAAUAUAUUUUAUCUCCACUAUUUGAUUUGCCUUCUUCCAAGGACGAGCUUAUAAAACAACUUCAAAUACAGAAAGCAAUAUUAGAGUCGACCGAGUAUCUUCCUGGCUCUACAAGUAUGAAGGGCAUUAUUCGUGUUUUGAAUAUAUCUUUUGAGAAGUUAGUGUAUGUGAGAAUGUCCUUGGAUGACUGGCAGACUCAUUAUGACAUUUUAGCAGAAUAUGUUCCUAAUUCGUGUGAUGGUGAAACUGACCAGUUCUCCUUUAAGAUUACGUUGGUUCCUCCUUAUCAAAAAGAUGGCAUUAAAGUUGAAUUUUGUAUUCGCUAUGAAACUUCUAUUGGUACAUUUUGGUCAAAUAAUAAUGGCACAAAUUAUAUAUUAGUUUGUCAAAAGAAAAAGCAAGAGCCAGAGCCUGUAAAGCCUUGGGAAGAAGUUCCUAGUAGACAGAUUAAAGGAUGCUUAAAGGUAAAACCAAGUAAAGAAUCAUCAGAAACAUCAGAAGAAUGUAACUUUGACGAUUCAAAGAUUACAGAUACCUACAUCCCAACAAUAGCUUGUCCUCAUGAGAACGAAGACCUAGAAGCCAGCAAUCAAGAUGUAAAAGACGUAAACAGGAAACAUGAUGCACAUAAUGAAAAUGAAUUAGACUUGAAGAGAAAUCAACAUUUAAUAACUGAAAGUGCUGAUUCCAGAGCUGAAAAGAGUAUAUUUCCAACAGACCCAGUCCAUUUUCCAAAUAAAACUGAGUUAGAGAAGAAGCAAAGCCAUGGUGAAGCAGCCACUGAUUUGUCCAGAAGACCUUUGUCUCCUAGGUCAUCAGCAGAAUGCUCCUUUAGGGGAGAAUUUUACAACAGUGAAAAAUAUUCCUCCGGAAAUAAGUGGAGAUAUCAACCUUCAGAGGAAAUUACCACAGAUAUAGGAGAAAUGAUGACAAUAGUGGGAGGUACCAGUAACAGUGCAUUAGUUCAAUUAAAUAUCAGCAGUGAAGAACUCCUGGAUGAUAAUGCUAAUCCAGCCCAGAGCAGCUGCAGAGAGCAAAUACCACAUCCAUCUUCGGAACAACCGGGUAACCUUAUUAACAAUCGUGAAGAAGGGGCUAAGGAAAAGGAAAUAAAAGAAGGGGAAUAUUUAAGAAGGGAUUUCUAUUCAGAUGUACCCGCCUAUCUGGAAGAAUCAGCACAAAAAGUAUCUUCCAAAGAAGAUUAUGGCAAGGGGAAGGAUGAGAGGGAAGAAAGAAUAAGCCUAGGUGUUAAUGCAAAGCAAAAGAAAAAGCAUCGAUCAAUCUCAUAUGACCAAGAAAGCAAAAUGGGACACACUGAAAUAAGGAUGGAAGGUACUAAGGCUAGUACCGGAAAUGAAAGUGUUCUGUCAAGUAAAGAUGCUGAAGUUACCACCUGGGUGACCACAGCAGAUAUACCUCCUUCACCAACGACAAACGUGCAUUGGGAUGAAGCUAUAUUAAUGGCUCCUGACAGACAUCUCUCCCCUGACCAAAGCACCAGUCUAGAAAGAGCAACCAGUGGAGAGGGUUCAUCAAAAAAUGGAAAUGUUUUAAAAGAUGCUUAUCUUUUCCAAGUUGAAGGAAAACAGUCCUAUCAGAUUAAUCCUGAAGAUCCAAAUGAGAACACCCUGCAUAUACAAAACUGGAAUGUUCUGGAAAGUGAGGGAAAAGCAAGAGGGAGUAAGGUGAAUAUAACUGAGCAGAUCAAAGAAGCAGCGGAUUAUAAAGGCUUGAAAGCUUCUUCUACAGAAGAAUUGUUUACCUGCCAAGAAACAGAGCACUAUGAACUGUCUUCACUAGCUGAUCAUGGUAUUACUGAGAAAUCACAAGGAGAUACAGCUUAUAUAAUUAAGGCAACAUCAGAAAGUACUCCAGAAAGCAUGUCUGUGAGAGAAAAAGCAAUAAUUGCUAAGCUACCUCAAGAGACAGUGCGAAGUGACAGGCCCAUCGAGGUAAAAGAAACAGCGUUUGAUCCACAUGAAGGGAGAAGCGAUGAUUCACAUUAUACCCUUUGUCAACGGGAUACAGCAGGGGUAAUCUAUGACAAGCAUUUUGAAAAGGAAUCUCGUUUGGAUAUUUGUAAUGUACGUGUAGAUGAAAUGGGGAAAGAGGAAGCCAUGUCUAUGUACAAUCCUGGGAAGACACAUGACAGGGAGCAACAUGGCACUGAAAAUAUAACAUCUGUAGAAGAAUCUUCACAGUUCAUUACAGGAGAUCAAAAAGCAAUGUCAAAACUGGAUUUAUAUUUCAGAAUGUCAUCAACAGACAAAAGAAAAGUCCCAGCAAAUAGAGACCUGGGGCAUUUCCAAGAAGUAUCAAGGAAAACAGACUUAGAUACUGUAAUUCCUUCUGCUUUCAACUCAGACACGAAUAGAGCUUCUCAGAACACCUCUCAUGUUCACAGUCACCAUACUAAAAUGUCAGUGCCAUCUUCUGAACAGGCAAUUGCUGGGGAGAAUACAAUUACUACUCUGACACCUCAAUCUAUUCCUACGAAAUCAGAAUAUAAUUAUAAUCCAACAAGUGAAAUCCACAGUCAUGCUGGGUCUAAACCUGAAGAUGUUUUCAAAAGUUCAGAAAAAAUGACUUCAUAUAAUAGAAAAGCAAGAUCUACGGGCCAGAUUUUCCAAGCAGAAGAAUGUGUUGCGGAAAAAUCUCUAGGGCCAAUGAUUUUAACCAAUGAGUCUUUUGAUAACAUGGAUGAGACAAAGCAUGAAAAUGAAGGCUCCAUACACUCCGGACAGACACAAUCUUCUUCAAGUCACAAGGAAUUGGAGAGCUCUACUUCCGCUAGUCUUUCUAUCCAGGCAAAUGAAGCUCAAAGCAAUGAGGCUCCACUUUCAAAAUCUAGCACUUCUAAAAUACCUUAUUUCCUUUUGUUUCUGAUAUUUCUUGUAACCAUCUACCACUUUGACUUAAUGAUAGGUUUGGCAUUCUACCUGAUUUCAUUGUACUGGCUAUACAGGGUAGGGGGUAGACAAAAAGAACCUGUCAAAAAGAAAUAA